AUGAGCACAGCGAACCCAGGUAGCACGACCACUACCAAAGGCAAGCGGACGAACUCCUUAGCCUUCGCGCAGACUGACUGCCACACGUGCGCCUCGUCCGGCGAACACUGUGACCGUCGUCGCCCGAAGUGCUCGACAUGCCUUCGCCAGGGCCGGCGGUGCGAUGGCUUUGUGACACCGCUCUCCUGGGAUCCGCGGAGAAUGAAGACGGACGACAGUGCUGUCCACCCUCUUUCCGCAGACCCGUUCAUCAUGAGCAACAGUACCCCACCCCAGCGCUUCCAGUUCGUGACUGGGGCGCGGGUGCGGAAGCGUCGCCGGACAGGGCCCGCUACGGCGAGAGCACGGCCAGCCAGACGGAGUGCAACGCCUGAGGCUUUGCCCAGAGAGGCAGGCGAGCAGGCCGCCGGCGGGCUCUCGUUACGGCCCGACCCAACUGGGACUACUUUGAUCGACCCUGAUCUUACACUGUCCGGCUUAGGGACCCUCGGCGAACUAUGUCUGGACGAUUUCAGCAUCUUCGAAUCCUUAAUGCCGGAUAUCUUCGGGUCGACCCCACCACUCCAUGCCCCGACUGAUAGCAUUGGCGUCGAGGACCCAUUCAUGACAGAGGCAUCAGACACUACAGCCUCUGCGGUACUGCCCCGCACACCUCCGGCCCUCCUCACUGGAGACGACUCCGUCCACCCCAUUGAUCCCCUCCCGCAAGACGGGGCACACAAUGACGCGCUGAUGUCAUCUGCGGAGGCAUUCCCAUCGGGUGCGGUGGACCAGAGCUGUCAGCUCGCGGGCCAAAACACGGCCGUCCACAUCCUCUCACCCCGGAUUGCGGCCCCGCGCCCCGCGACUCUGGAUACGAGCAUCCCCAACCAGCACGAGUGGCUCCUUGAACUAUAUGACUCGAAAUUCUGCGUCCUGCCAUUGACGGGUGAUACCACCCUGAACCCCUUCCGGUGCAAGCGCCAAACCUCGCAGGGCUCGCGUCUGCUCUUCCAUUCGAUCCUGGCACUAUGCUGCCAGCACCUGAAGCGGUUGACGGGCAGCAGCUGGUCGAGUGAAGCUGUCGAACAUCGCCGGAAGGCCGCCCAGUUGCUCGAUGCGGCGUUGCAGCAGGGACGCCAGCACGCAGGAGGCGUCAGUAAUCUACAUCUGCUGGAGCCGAUUCUGAUUCUGUUUACCUUGGAUUGCACUCUCUCCGCGUCCGGAACAUGGGCCACGCACCUCCAUCGCGCCCAUUCAAUGCUCGAGGCCGCCGGCGGCCCCGGUGCGCUCAUCAGCCCGCGGAUCCGAUCGCAGGUUGGAAUGUUGAUCUGGUGGGACGUGACCCUCGCCCUAAUCUCGCGGCAACGCCCGAUCAUGCGCCAAGCGUAUCUGGACCACCUCAUCCGCUGGGAAAAGCAAGACGCAUGGUCGUUCUUCGACCUCACAGGGUGUCCAGGCUACCUGGUCGCGCGGCUGUACCACCUGGCCGAGCUGGCGCAGCAGAGCGAGAUCGCCUCGUCGAUGAAGUGGCUCAGCUUCGAUCGCACGCCGGUGCUUGCGAUGGAGCGGGAGAUACGGGAGUGGACGAGCGAGCACGACCCCUCCUCGAUUUCCGCGGACGACGAGGCAAGAAUUCCCGAUGAGGCGGAAAGUCCCGCUGACGCUGUCGAUGGGGAGCAGGAGUUCAACCGGCGGCAGGAUGCCUUCCACUGUGCCGAGGCGUGGCGCUGGACCUUGCUUCUGUACAUCGAGUCGGUGUUCCGGCGGCAUCGGACGAAGAUUGCGCAGAUGCACAGGCAGCAAGGCCGCGCGGGGCUGCGUCGAUUGGUCCGCAAGAUCGUCGACCACACGCGGUGUUGUCGAAGGUCGUCACAGACGCAGAAACAGUUGCUGCUUCCGGUGUUUCUGGCCGGGAGCGAGACGUUGGAUCCCGAUUUGCGGGAGUUCGUGACGGACUACUGCGCGUAUUGGAGCGAGAAGAGCCAGUAUAGCAUGUUCGAUAGUGUACGGGUGCUGUUGAAGGAGAUCUGGGCGUCUGGGACGUGGUGGGGGGCGGUUGUGGAUGGUAAGACGAAAGGUGGGCAGGAGGAGGCGCGACAGGGGCAACCAGGGGUUACGCCUACGCAAUUCUUAUUUGGGUAG